AUGGAUUUUACCAAACCACAUUCAUUAAGUUUGGACGGAAACUUAAAAGAAAAUUGGAAAAGAUUUAAAUUACAAUUCGACAUAUAUUCAACCGCAACAAAAACUAAUAAAGAAGAUGCUGAAGUUCUAGUGGCGAGACUACUUAGCUGUGCUGGACGAGAAGCUAUUGAACUUUUCCAAACCUUCAAUAUGACCGAAGCUGAUAGAAAAGUUCCAACAAAAGUGGUGGAACAAUUCGAAAAAUAUUGUAACCCACGCACGAAUAUAGUCUACGAACGAUACGUAUUCUACAAAAGGGCACAAAAAGAAGGCGAACCAUUCGAUCAUUUCUUAAAAGACAUAGCCACAUUAGUGGAGAACUGUGGCUUUGAUGGUCACAAAGACGACAUGCUGAGGGACAGAAUUGUCAUUGGGAUCAUCAAUCAGAAUACCCAGACGCAGCUACUUAAAAUUGAGAACCUGACACUAGAGAAAGCAAUCGAAACAUGCCGAAUCGCAGAGACGACAAUGGAGCAAAGCAAGGUUAUGCAGAGGACAUCGGAGGAUCCUAAAUCGGAGAUUCAUGCAAAUUCACAUUCCAAUAAAUUUGUACAGAGACGUGUGCACCAGCCAUCAGGAAAUAAUAAUCGAUACAACACUGGAUCAGGAAACAUAUGCAAGUACUGUAAUUUGAGUCAUGUGAGAGGUCUUGAAUCUUGCGUAAAGUUAGGCCUUAUAAGUCGCGUUAAUUCAGUUGAGCCUAAAAGUUCAGUGUUACGUGAUUUUAUAGAGAAGAAUAAAGAUGUUUUCAUGGGUCAGGGUAGAUUUCCUGACAAAUGUGCAUUGGAAUUAGAUAGUUCAACUUGUCCGGUUAGUAAGCCACCCCGCAGAAUUCCACUUAGUAUAAGAGCAAAGGUUUACGAUACUCUUAAGAAAAUGGAACAGAAAAAUAUAAUUACAAAGGUUGAGACUCCUUCAGAUUGGUCACAUAAUAUGGUUAUAGUGGAAAAGGGUGACAAAUCUAUUCGCAUUUGUUUAGAUCCAAGAGACUUAAACGUAGGAUUAAAACAAGAACAUCAUUUGAUACCCAAAAUAGAAGAUUUUAUUUUUAAAAUGCAAGGCAUGAAGUUCUUUUCUAUAUUGGACUUUAAAGAGGGUUUCUGGCAACUAGAACUAAAUGAAGAAUCAAAAAAUCUCACGGUAUUUAGUACACCGUUUGGAACUUACCGGUAUGAAGUCUUACCUUUUGGUAUCAAAACCGCCCCUGAGAAAUUUCAGAAACUUAAUGACAAAUAUUUUAGAAACUUGCCUGGUGUAUUUGGAUAUAUUGAUGAUUUAAUUAUUGGAGGCAAAACAUUAUUAGAGCAUGAUAAGAAUUUAGAUAGAGUAUUGCAAAGGGCCAGAGAGAUAAACAUAAAAUUUAAUGAGAAAAAAGUUCAGUAUAGGGUUGAGAAGGUUAAGUAUUUAGGGCACAUCUUUUCAUCUGAGGGAAUAUCGCCAGAUCCAAAACGAAUUGAAUCGAUUAGACAUAUUCAGACACCCUCUAAUAAAAAUGACCUACAAAAAAUAUUAGGCACGAUUAACUAUCUACGCUCGUUUAUUCCGAAUUUAGCUGAGUUAUCAGCUCCUAUGAGAGAUUUACUUAAGAAAGAAAAUAUUUUUCGCUGGUCACCAGCACAUGAGAAAGCACUGAACGAUAUUAAAAAUGCAAUUGUCAAUGCUAGCACGUUACGUUCUUUUGAUCCCGAUUUACCAAUAAUUAUACAGACAGACGCAUCACAGAAUGGACUAGGCUGUUGCUUACUCCAGGAAGGAAGGCCAGUUUCUUUUGCGUCAAAAAGCAUGACUAAAACUGAAACUUCUUAUGCACAGAUCGAAAAAGAAUUCUUGGCGAUCGUGUAUGGAUGUCAAAAAUUUCAUGAUUAUAUUUAUGGCCGGCACAUAACUAUCCAUACGGACCACAAGCCACUCGUGUCCAUAAUAAAUAGAUCUUUAGAAAAAACAUAUUCUGUCAGAUUGCAACGUAUGAAAGUCAAACUUUUUAAAUACGAUCUUGAAAUCAAAUAUGUGCCAGGUAAAGAUCUUCAUAUAGCUGAUUUGCUUUCUCGAAACUCACAACCUGAUUAUGAAAUAAAUUUAGAAAACAUUUUAACAGAUGUUGUCCAUAGCGUUAGCAUGAGUGACCCUAAGAAAAUACAGUAUCAAGAACAUACUACUCAAGAUGAAAUUUUAAGCAAUUUAAUAGAACUUAUGAAUAAAGGAUGGCCUAACUCUAAGAACAAAUUACCAGAUCAUAUGAAAUUCUAUUGGAAUAUAAAAGAUAAAAUUUGUUUUGAAGAUGGACUAGUUUUUUACGAAGAUAGGAUAUUUGUUCCUAAAACAUUAAAAAAUGAAACGUUAAAGGCUUUACAUGAAAAUCAUUUUGGUAUCACCAAAACUAUUUCACGGGCUAAAACGUUAUUUUACUGGCCAACGAUGGCUCAGGAUAUUGAAAAUAUGAUAUACAGGUGUCCAAUCUGUGAAAAAUUUCGAAGUUCAAAUAUAAAACAGAGUUUGCAUCCGCAUGAAAUCCCAGAGUAUCCUUACCAAAAAGUUGGUUGCGAUAUUUUGGAAUUUGAAGGAAAAUCAUUUUUAGUUGUCAUAGAUUAUUUUUCGCGCUGGUUUGAUUUAAAAAAGCUACCAAAUAAAACAGCCAAAAGUGUUGUUAACAUAUUAAAAGAAAUUUUUGCCACUCAUGGAAUACCGGAAAUGGUGGUUUGUGAUAACCAGCCAUUUAAUUCGUUUGAAUGCCAUAAUUUUGAAAACGACUGGGGUCUAAAGUUCAAUUAUUCAAGUCCGCGCUAUCCUCGCUCUAAUGGACUAGCAGAGAAGGCAGUUGAUAUUGCUAAAACUAUGAUGAGGAAGUCUAAGGAAAGUAAUAAGGAUAUUAACAUUUUUCUACUUGAAUAUCGAACAACAAUCAUUCCAAGUUUAGGUUAUACCCCAUCACAGUUAUUAAAUAGUAAGUUACUUAAAACAAAACAUCCUGUUGCUAAAAGCCUACUUAUACCAAAAACCGUACCCUUUGAAGUCAGGGACAAGAUGUCCCUUAUAAAAGAGAAACAACAGAAUUGGUAUAACAAAAAUAGUAGGAAUUACGAAUUUAGUCUUACAAAAGGGGAUAAUGUUGUUUAUAGGAGGGAUGGAAGAUGGGAACCAGCCAAGAUUGUAGGAGCAGCCGAAUCUCCUAGGUCCUAUUUAAUACGCAAUGAAUACAAUCAGAUAUUACGCAGAAAUAGUUUACACUUACGCAAAUCGUAUAAUGAGCCACAAUUUAAGCCUCCAGAAGAUUCAGUUACUGAAGAUAAAAUUGAAACUCAAAUUGAAACUCCUAAGCAGCCUACCUUGUCACAACCGAUUGAAAAGCCAACGACCUCGUCAACUAACAAUCACAAGCAACAUCACUACAUCACUAGGUACGGGCGCAAAUGUGUAAAACCUGAUUUAUAUAAACCGUAA